CCAACCUAAGUCAAGUCAAACUUUUCAAUAACGAGUGGCUUAUGAACAGAUCUUUGAAUUAAGCUCCUGAGUCUGGAGUUUUAUGAAUUAAAUAUGUUAUGUACUUUUAACCGCUUUUGUUUCUAAGUACCGUAAUAACUUCAGCUUGUAUAACCAUAUUUUUCUAGCAUGAGAUACUUUUUCAACUGUUGCACCAAUAUUUUUUUCUGAUGGCCAAUAAUCUAUUUCAAGAAUUGCAAGGAGUAAGCGGUACGAAAUACGUGCUCGGUAACCCUGCUGGCUACAAAUUGUUCUUCAACGAACGCGACAGUGACGUGUGCAUCAAAGUAGAAUAUGAGGACGAAAAAUGGCAAUUUCCAGCUCACAAGCUCGUCCUUUGCACAAUGAGUGAAGUAUUCCGGACAAUGAUGGAGGUGGACAUGUUAGAGAAGAACACGAGAACCAUCAUAAUUAGAGACACCAGUCCCCAUGCAAUUAAACAGUUUAUGAAGUACCUCUAUAUGGGAGUGGUGGAAUUCACCGACUGGAACGAUGCAACUACUCUUUUGAAAGUUGCUCACAAGUAUAGCGUACAAACCCUAAUCGGCUUAUGCGAGAAUUACUUGACUUCUAAUAUCAAGUUCAGCAAUGUCUGCAUUCUUUACGAGCUUGCAAGAACUUAUUCUCUGGAUUUACUUGAAAAGGAAUCACAAGAUUUCAUACUGGAAGCCGGUUUUAUUGUGUCUGCCACGCAUGGAUUCUUUGAUCUGAAGCCUCAAAGUAUGGAAUACUUUUUGUCCAACCCUUUUUUUAACAUUGAGAACGAAGGAUGUCUUCUUACUAGUUUAAAAGAGUGGGCCGUCAGUGAGUGUACUCGGAAAUGUAUUUCUUUGACAGAGUUUAACGUUUUGUCAACCAUGGAACCCUUCCUGAAACUCAUACAAUGGCAUUUAAUACCGGAAUGUAAUAGAACUUUUAUUCCCACAUCCAUGGUAGAGAAAGUUAAAAUGCCGUGUUCAUUAUAUCGAAGAUCAUUCGGUAUUCCAAAAUUGCUCCAGAACCAUAUUAGCUACGUUAAGUGCUCCGUGGAGCUUGGUAUUUUUCACCAUGAAGAUUAUUUUGCAAAAAGAUCCACGCCUUGCUUGAGAUUCAGUACCGACAAUCACAUGUUCUUUGUGGGAUUCAGAAUUAUUGGUCUCUUUCACAAAUUCCCGGAAAGCUCAACAGCUCCAAAUUAUCUCAUCUUAAGCAGAGAUGAUGGUAAAGUUUUCAUUCAACUUAACCUGAUGUCCCUGCCUUGGUCAAGAGGAGCAUCAGUAGGAUGUCAAGUUUGGAAAGAAAUGACCGCUUAUUUGCCAUACCCCGUCAGAGUGGAUCCAUAUAAUACUUACGCAUUGUCGUUAAGGUCUACCAGACCAGUCAGAGAAGAUCGUUGCGUGAAAUGGCCCAUUACAAGAUUAGACACAGAACCUAUUCAAACUAAUAUGGAAAAGAUCAGUUUAACUUCUCAUGGCUGCAGUUAUGGCGUCACGCAAUUAUUCAUUUUACCCGCCCCACCAUUUAGAAAUGUUUGCAAUCGAGAAGUCAAUGAUUGGUAAACUAUGGCUAGACAAGCGAGCAAAAGUUGCAACUAUUUAUUGGUAUCAUGUAUUUUGGUAUAUCAUAUAUAUGGUAUAUCUUAUAUAUGGUAUCAUAUAUACUAGUAUAUCAUAUGUAUGAUAUCAUAUAUACUGGUAUAUCAUAUGUAUGGUAUCAUAUAUACUGAAAUAUCAUAUGUAUGGUAUCAUAUAUUGGUAUACCAACAAGUAUCAUACUAUGGCCUGAAGUUUGACAUGGUAUUGACAAAACUGUGGUAUGAACUAUUGACCUAAUGGUAUCACAUGGUUUCAACUUUCGAAUUUGGAAUUAAAAGACAUUAAUAGAUUUUUUAUUAGUGUCUCAUUGUGUAAAUAUUCACAAUAUUAAUUACAAUUUUAAAGCUAUUACAUUAUAGACAACCGAGUGAAAAAUCUCUGCUAGUGAUUAAAAGGCACCAACUUAAAAUGCACCAUGGAACAAAGCAAGCAUUUUAUAAUUACAAGGUCUUGAAGUUGCACGUUUCAAAUGCUGGUACUGAUUUGGGUAUCAGGCCAUAAUUGAUAUCACUAGCGUCAGCUGUCUGAUCAAGAUCAAUACUAAUCUUAUUUCAUGAUGUUUUGUUAUGAAUUUAAUGGCACUUAACUGUACUGAUUGGAGCAUUAAGCCAUUAUUCCCAUUGCUACUUCCAGCUUGCAGAAUGGCUUGAAAUUACGUUAGUAAUGAUUACUUAUCUAAUUUAUUCUCAAUUAUGAAUCUAAUGACAGUUAAUGGUAUCUAUUUGGGUAUCGGAAUCAUUACUCAUAUUGCCCAAACCAACUGGCAGGAUUGUUUUUAAUUAGUGAUCAUCACUGAUCUUAUUUCAUUGUAGUGCAUUGCGUUCUAGUAAUGUUAUAUUAAGGAUUUAAUGGUAAUUAAUAGCACCAAUUCGGACAAAAGUCCAUUAUUCAUAUUUCCAGUAUUAUCUGGUGAAACUGUUUGAAAUCGAGGUAGUGGUCCUGAUCUUGACUUCCUUCUGUGCUUUAUGUGAUGUUUAUUCUGAAGUUAAUGACAGUUGGUGCAACAAAUCUGGAUAUAAGUUUUUGUUUAAAUGAUAAUUUUUUUUAUGAUGAUGUUUACCGAUUUCUCUCAGUGCAUGACAAUCGAGUAAAAAUCUCUGCAAAUUGCCAUGUUUUCUCUUAUGGUGCAAAAUUAACAUGUGAUACCAAUUAGGACAUUGUCUGGCCUAGUAUAGACUUGAUCGGCAUGAAAUAUAUUGUCUUUUUCAACGAAUUUUCAAGUGGCAGAAAAAACCUGUUUUAAAAGUUAGUCCAUAUUUGAAGAGAAAGAUGUGUUUUAGUCAACAUUUUGCCCCAGUAUCGGAAAAAAGUUAUACAACUAUCAGUUUACUAUGAAAUUCUUGCAUUAUCAGCUCAUUCUUAUUUAAUAUCAUUCUCAUUGCUUACUUAGUUUUUAAAUGUUUCGUGUUCCUUUUUUAUGAGCGCUAAUGUUUAUAUUUUUACAAUCGUUUAUUGUUGCUAUUUUAAUGAUAAAUACUGAAAUUUUGCAUGGACCAAUGUAUGUUACUUUUAAUCUGCAAGAAAAUUAUGCAAAAUGUAACUUUUAAUGAAUAAAUUUUAUCGUUGAACCUCA